CGGUGUUGUAACGGUCAUUCACGAGGGUAGAAAUAUAGUGUGCCUCUUAUUUAUCAAUGAUUAUGUUGCGUGCAACAGUUUGAUAAACGAGAAUCAUUUGUUGUGCACGGAAAUCCUGUAGAGAUACCGAAGAGUCAAAGGGAGCUGUUCUGCAACAUCUAGUUUUGUGGACGGGCUGCACCAAUAGCACACAGCUCUUGCCAUCUUUGUGCUUGACUUUCUCCUCCCACCACUCUUGUGUGAGAAUUGCAGCGAGCCACCAGCCUAGGAAAAUCGGUUAUCCGAAUACUCCGUGGAAAGGGGGUGGCAAAGAAGAGCGAUUAGGCUGAAGAUACCCGUUUGGUGUCGAUUUCGUUUGGAAAAGUUUAUAAAGUUUAGUUCACAAUGUCUUUGUCUGUACCCCAGAAUGGAAUCAAGGCGGAUAACGAGCCCGUUAUCGAGCUCUUUGUGAAGGCGGGAAGUGAUGGCGAGAGCAUCGGGAACUGUCCGUUCUCACAGAGACUCUUCAUGAUCCUGUGGCUAAAGGGAGUGGUCUUCAACGUCACCACAGUGGACCUGAAGAGGAAGCCUGCAGACCUCCAGAACCUGGCCCCAGGCACACACCCUCCUUUCAUCACCUUCAAUGGGGAGGUCAAAACCGACGUCAACAAGAUCGAGGAGUUCCUAGAGGAUGUCCUCAGCCCACCCAAGUUCACCAAGCUUGGCACCAGACACCCUGAGUCCAACACAGCUGGGAUGGACAUCUUUGCCAAGUUCUCAGCGUUCAUCAAGAACUCUAAACCAGAUGCCAACGAGGGUCUGGAGCGUGGGCUGUUGAAGACCCUGCAGAAGCUGGAUGAGUACCUGCGUUCCCCACUGCCUGACGAGAUCGACCACAACAGCAUCGAGGACAUCAAAAUCUCCACUCGCAAGUUCCUGGACGGUGACGAGAUGACACUGGCUGACUGCAACCUCCUGCCCAAGCUGCACAUCGUCAAGGUGGUGACCAAGAAGUACAGAGGCUUUGACAUUCCCAAGGACAUGAUGGGCAUCUGGCAGUACCUGCAGAAUGUCUAUACGCGUGAGGAGUUCACCAACACCUGCCCCAGCGACAAAGAGAUUGAGAUCGCCUACCAAGACGUGGCCAAGAGGCUGGUUAAAUAGGGCUACUCCAUGCCCCCCCCCCAGCACUGGGACUGGUCUGUUCAGACACGAGAAAGAACUAUGAACUACCUUUCCUUCGCUCAUUUAAAGCAAACCUAAUGCAUAAAUAUCUGUUCCUUCCGUUCCCUUUUUAUUUUUUGGAAGAUUUCUUGAGUACAUGAAUCUCAAAGGUCCGUUGGUUAUUGCUUUUUUGUUUUCUUUUUGUUAUGAUUGUUUCGAGGCGUCUGACUGGCGAGUUGGUCGAGCGACCUGCCAGAUUGGAUGCAGGCUAGUGUGUAUCCGAGCUUAUCAGUUUGAGGGCCAUCGAUACACACACCAUAAAGUGGCCUUCCGGCUGACCCUCUGUUUCCACAAGGGAAUAUGGUCACAAGCGUUUUUUUUCUUCUGUUGUCUGUUCAAUAUUGAUUUGCAUUUCAUGCUUGCUAUGAAAGUAACCAUUACAAGACUGAUUUUGUGUGUUGCCUAAGGAGUUGGUUUAAACAGUGUUGAAAGCUUCAGUGUUUUUGGCUCUAGAGAGUAAAUGAGGGCAGGUGUCACUGCAUGUACUGCAUUAGACACUAGGCCAAACCACAGUUGACAUAUCAGCGCGAUAUGCUUAAUUUUACUGUUGCGUUGCUUGAGUCAAUUGGUAUAACUAUAAUACAGGUAAGGCUACCUGUUGUCCACGUUCUGAUACCAUUUACUCCAUAACCUUGUAUGUGGACACAUGGGUGCAAACAUCCAUGACACUUAUGCUACCUGAGCUCAGUCUACAGUCGGCUCAGAUGUGCCAGGUCCUCAGAUUAGAUGUUUUCAGCUCAGAACAAGGGAAUUUAAGAUGCGUGAAAUAUUAGAUACUAUGUAGCAAACAAAACCAACCAUUUUUAGACUUGUAUGGGAAUACAAACUGUCCUUCAUCACUGCAUUGCCUCAUAUCACUGCUCCAUAUAGACACUGACACUCUUGGCAGUAAUGCUCAAUUUGCCCAAAAUGAACAUGUUUUUUUUCGCCCUCUGCUGUACAGUACGAAGGGAAAUCUUUAGCUUGUGUUGUGCUGGCAGCAGUGGUAGUUUUCUAUUACACUUCAGCCACCGAAAAGGGGACAUUUUAUUCGGGUCUCACUGUGGAUUGAAUGACUCCUGUUAUCUAAACUAGUGAAGUAACAAAAACACACACUCGCCAUCAUUCUCCUAUCGCAUACAGAAGAUCCCCAAUCAGCCAUCAGAAAAGGUGACACUAAAGAUAUUUAUGAGGAUAGGCGUCGGGGAGAGGAGACCGGUAAUGUUGUGACUGUCAUUUAGGAUUUCAUGUUCUCAUUAUUUAGAAUGCUUUCAACGGUAGUGAGUGUAUUCUGUCAUAGUUUCAAAAUGCUUUAGUGUGGAUAAAGCAAAAAUGUUUAGUUUUUUCUCUCCUUGUUUUGCUAUCCUUUCAGACAUUUGUUGUAAUACAAAUUUGAUAAAAGGAUUUGUAAAUAUUUGUUUUGAUUAUUCAGAGUUCAAUGUGUAAAUUGUAUACAUUCAUUGGUUGGUUUGAAUGGGGGUGCUUGGGUUUUAGUACUAGAAGACAUCUCCUCUGGCCUGAUUUGUUUUCUCUUGCUCAGACGGUUUUCAAAAAUCACUGCAAUUACGACAUGUGUAUGUCAAUUUCAGAAGAAAAGAUCCAGGCUAUGUCAUGGCUUUUUUUUUUUUAAACAAUAUUGACAUUAUUGAAAUAAACCUAUUAUUGGCACUCUGGUUUGUGGGUGUGAUUUGCCUGUGGGUUGUUCCAGAAAAGAGGAUCAAUGAGUUUUAACCAGCUAACUGUCAUAAAAAUGCAAAAAUAACCAUAUUUUUGAGGAAUAUAGAAUUGGCAUGCUAUAAUUUACUCAUUAAUCAACAACCCAUAUUCAAGACAAGUUAAGCUUCCUAAAUGAAUCAGACAAUCAAGAUAUAUUUAACUGCUUAUCAUAGUUAGCUGGUUAACUAUAUGAUCCUGCUUUCUGGAACACCCCUCUGGGCUAAUGACCUGGCGGCCUACAGUUACUGUGUAUGUCCUUGUGCUAUGUUCAGUGGUGUAAAAAUACUUUCAAGUAUUACUUAAGUUGUUUUGGGGGGUAUCUGUACUUUACUAUUUAUAUUUUUGGACUACUUACAUUCCUAAAGAAAAUAUUGUGCUUUUUACUCCAUAAAUAUUUAGUAGUCAUUACAUAUUGAAUGUUUAGCAGGACAGGAAAAUGGUCCAAUUCACACGCUUAUCAAGAGAACACAUGGUCGCCCCUACUGCCUCUGAUCUGGUGGACUCACUAAACACAUGCAUCUUUUGAAAAUACUGAGUGUUGGCGUGUGCUCCUGGCUAGCCGUAAAAAUAUAUAUAUAUAUAAAACAAGAAAAUGGUGCCGCCUGCUUGGCUUAAUAUAAGGAAUUUAAAAUUAUUUAUACUUUUACUGUUUGAUACUUAAGUAUAUUUUUGAAAUUGUUAACUUUUUAUACUUAAGUAUAAUUAGAACAAAAAUAGUAUUUUACUGGGUGACUUUUUACUUGAGUAGCUUUCUAUUUAAAACUUAUUUGGGAUCGAUGUCCCUUCCAUGGUACGGUUGCGCUAAUGUAAGCUAAUGCGAUUAGCAUGAGGUUGUAAGUAACAAAACAAUUUCCCAGGAUGUAGACAUAUCUGAUAUUGGCAGAAAUAUUAACAAGAAUUUAAGCAAACUGCAUUGUCCAAUUUACAGUAGCUAUUACAGUGAAAGAAUUCCAUGCUAUUGUUUGUUCAAAAUUAGGCACUCCUCAAAGUUAUUAAUAAACAUAUUGGGGACAUUUGGGCAGUCUUGAUACAUUUUGAACAGAAAUGCAAUGGUUCAUUGGAUGUCUAAAACUUUGCACAUACACUGCUGCCAUCUAGUGGACAUCUAAAUUGCACCUGGGCUGAAAUAAUACAUUAUGGACUUUCUCUUGCAUUUCAAAGAUGAUGGUACAAAAAAAAUAAACGUUUUAUUUUUUAUUUUUUUUACCAGA